GACCGAUGCGCUCGACAACGCGAAGGUUGACAUGGCAGACGCGACUCACGCGAGUCUCGUGCUAGCGGGGGGAGAGGCAUUCUCGAUUCGUUCGGCGCUGGAGGAGGACACGUGUGAGGAUCCUCACGAGGAUGCACUCGCAUGUGCGACUAUACCUGCUUCAGGCGCAGAGGAGGGAGUAUUUGUCAUGGCACCUAUUGCACCGACCGAUGGAGGGAUGAAGUCGAUCACUUGUUCUCGGGGGUUUGAGGUGCCAGCACCCAUUCAGGGGGACGGAUCGACGGCCGCACAUCGUCCAUUGCAUGGGCCAACGUUGCGUUCCAACGUCGGUCACCACUUGUCCGUUCAUCAGCGUCGUCGUCGUCCGCACGACAGUGAGAGGCGAGGCACUUCGUACGUAAAGUACCACCGAGGCAGUUUGAUGCUCGGCGCGAUGACUGAUGAUGAGUUGGGCGCGUGCCUUGCGAAGAAUCUCACAGAGGCGAGACGUGAAGCGAGGAUCGACUCAAAGAAAGCCAAAGGAGUUCUACCACGCGUGCAGUCCGUCUCAUGGGGCCCUGCCAGCCCUACACCACCCUCAGAUGGUUCGGUGGCGCUGGGUGCCAUGGGAGUUAGUGUGGCACAAUCCCCUCCCAGUGUGGCACGAGAUCGUAGGACACGGUCGCCUGCGCCUACCUCAGCGGCGGGCAGGCAACGAGAGCGUGGAGAUGCGACAACGAGGGACGUGGGUGCAUCUUUACUCGGGCGCACUGACGUGCCAUGGAGCUACACGAGGAAGUCGACGACGGCUAGCAGGAAGAAGCAGCCAAGGUUGGGGAGGUGACGCUCGUCCACGUCAUUGACGAGGGAGGUUCGAGCGUCGUGGCGGGUUAGAUGCUCCCGUUGAGGGCGCGGACGGA